UGUUGCGCCGUAGCUUUUGCCGCGGCGCCUGGCAGUCCAUUGGCGAAGCCCUAACGAGCAGCGGGCGAGAUCGGAGCAUUCCCACGGAAGGAUUCAUAAGAACUCGAGCGAGCGAAAGUGUGAACGUGUGGACUUUUUUUUCCCUCUUUCUCGCGCGCGCGCCUCGAUCCGUUCUUUUUUUCUUUUCCUCGCUCUCUUUCUUUUUUUUUUUUCGAUACAUCGCCCGCUCCAGUUCCCCGGCGACGAGCCAUCCCGGUGUGCUUUCGAUAUAUUUUCGCGUCGCGUCGUGAUAUAAAUAAAGCGUAGCAGCCGAAGUACGUAAACACAGGGGGAUUCUUGAGAGACAGCGCUUGUGAAAAAGUGAUUCGCGUGAUUUCUGUAUGUCAUUUGGACGGAAAAUUUGAAAAAAAAAAGAAAAAAAAGCGUGUUCUCUCUCCUCUUUUUGACGUACGAGCAUCGUGAAAUUUUAGUGCUUCUGGACCACGAAAUCGUCGUCUGUCGACGACAUGUGAUACGUAUACGAGAGAAAGGAAGAUAAAUCGCGCGUGAUUUGCACGCCCGAUUUCGAAACUAAUCCCUUUUCGUAUUAUCGAUCGUCGUGAUUUCGCGGAGUGAUCGUGUAAAAAUUGGAUAGCUCAGUUGGAUGUCGCUCUUCCGUUUCUCUCUUCUCCCUUCAUUACGUAAACUAGUACCAGUGAGAACUUUGAGAAUGGAGAUGAGUUGAGGAUUGACUACGAUGUUGAGCUGUCUCUCGGCCGUGGUGGCCUCCAUUUUGGUUCACCAGAUACGUUUCCUGUGCGCCGCCAAUACUUUGGGUGAAACGAAACCGUUUAGAAAAGAUUUGAACUUACCACGCUCAAUUUGGCAUGAACUUAGCUCACCUUUCACAGAGGUGUAUGAGGUGGAGAGUUUCGUGACUGAAACAGGCGGCACUCCUGAACCGAGGCCAUUUUUCGAGGAUCCCGAAAGUAACAUUACCGUACAGCUUGGUACUCAAGUUUACAUGCACUGCAGGAUACAAAAUUUACAAAAUAAUCUUAAGGUAUCCUGGGUGCGUAGACGAGGAGACGAGCUUCAUUUGCUGACCAUCGGCUUGGACACGUACGCGAGCGACUCCAGAUUCUCCCUGGCCUUUGAGAAGCCUAAUGACUGGCGAUUGCUCCUGCGCUCUGCCACGGAACGCGAUGCCGGCCUUUACGAGUGUCAAGUCAGCGCCCACCCACCAUUAAUCAGAACUGUCCAUCUAGCGGUGUCAGUGCCGAGGGUGGAAAUAGUCGACGAGCAUGGUGCUACGGCCGCCGACAAGUUCUACAAAGCAGGUAGCACAAUAGAGCUGAAGUGUGUAGUCAGCAAUAUACCGCAACCCACCGGCUAUGUCACGUGGCGACACGGAUCUCGUACGUUGAAUUACGACACGACUCGUGGUGGCAUCAGCGUCAAGACGGACAUGGGUGCAGCCGGUGCGGUAUCUAGGCUCUACAUAGCAAAUGCGAAUAAAAAAGAUAGCGGGAACUACAGCUGCGCCCUGGCGAAUGUAGCAGCAGCCACUAUGGUGUCCGUCCACGUGUUAAAUGGGGAGAAUCCAGCUGCUAUGCAACACGGGGGUUCCUCAACCCCGAGGGCGACCUUUAUUUUCACCGUUGUGAUAUCACUAUCGUCGCUCUUAAGGUGACCGUGAUGACCCCGGUGCAUUUUGAACCUGCGAUUCGAAUGGUGCUAACUUUCUCUCUCCCCACGGGAGGAUCCUCUCGCGCGUCCGGAAUGUCCUCUCUCACGAAGCGGAGACGAGAACUUUGGAGGCAUUAUUAGGCUCCCUACCACUCUGCCACUUUCGCAGGAAACCACAUGCAGCAAUUGGUUGUGCGAAGUACGUAUACGAAACGGGAUAUCUGGCCUCACAUGGGAAAUGUCGCGGUAUAUAUAUAUAUAUAUAUAUAUAUAUAUAUGUACAUGUAUAUAUACGCGUGACAACUAGAGGAUGGGUAUCAAGAGCGAAUCCGCGAUUUCGAGAACUCAACUCUCGAACGAGCUCUCUAGCUUCGAGAUCUUCGCGGAUUCGGCGAGACGACGACGCGUAUCAGUUUCGACAGACAUUUCACGAGAAACUUGACUAAUCGCUUCCGGUGGCGAUCGAUGCGGGAUUUGCAUUCGGACGAGUGUCGGAUGGUGUUUCGCGAAUUUCUGGGAGGUUGGAAGAGAGGGAGAGAAAACUUUUCAUCUCUCCUUCCCCUUCGUGUGGUGUGUGUGUGUGUGUGUGUGUGUGUGCGUGUGUUCGAGCUCCUGGUACUGGCAUGUUGACACGUUGUUAUUGCGCGUUCCCCACAAUGUUCAAAUGCGGAUCCGUUAAUUAAGAGAUUCCGUUCAUGUGAUAUAUAAUGCGCGACUAUAUGAUAUACGCUCGUAUAAAUCGUUGCCGGAGAAAUGGUGUGACUAACUAUAUAAUGGACAUUUUUUUUUAUUUUAUUUCUUUAUUUUUUUCAUUUUAUCUGCGUAUUCAAGGUAUACCGACGUAAAAUACAGUCUUUUGUUCCGGAAACAUAAUUAAAAGCAAAUUGAAAAUUCACCAAUAUAUAUAAAUUUUAAUAUACAGGGUGUAUCUCUAAAUAAUAGCGAAAAAUUUCAGGAAAUGAUUCUUUGUUGAAAAUUAUAAGGGGGGUUUUUUAUAUAAACA